AUGUCCGACUACGGCGGUGACGACUACGAUGGCGGUGCCGGUGAUGUCGACGAGCCUCUCAUCGAGUUCGACGAGGAAGCCGAGCCUGAUCUCAUGGACGACGAAGACGACCAGCCCGGCGGUGGUGAAGACCCAGACAACGCCGACCCUAAUGACGACAAUGUAGUAGUAUCAGGCGAUGCCAACGCGGCUGCUGCAGCCAAAGAAGCAUCCAAGAACACAGUCACGAGCGAAAAGGACAAGAAGGUUCCUAACGACAAGCGCACAACCACUCCAUACAUGACAAAGUACGAGAAGGCGCGUGUCUUGGGUACAAGGGCGCUUCAAAUCAGUGGUAACGCUCCGGUGUUGAUUGACGUGGAAGGAAUGACCGAUCCUCUGCAGAUUGCUGCGAAAGAGCUGCAAGAGAAAAAGAUCCCGCUCGUUCCUCCUACACGAUUCUCCCGCUAUUCCACACUGUCCAAUAUGUCUUUCGAAACCACAGGUACCAUCGCCUCCUUUGGGGGCAAGCUUCUCAAGUUGAAGCACAAGUCCGAGAGCACAAACACAGACAUGGAGCUUAACAUGUUCCUACCUCCACAAGCACUCAAAUCCGGAGCCAAGGUCCCCGUUCUGUUCUACCUUUCCGGACUCACAUGUACCGGCAACAACUGCUCAGAGAAGGGCUUCUUCCAGCACGGCGCAGCUAAGCACGGCAUUGCUGUCGUUUACCCCGACACAUCACCAAGAGGUCUUCAGAUCGAAGGUGAAGAUGAAGCAUACGACUUUGGAUCUGGCGCAGGCUUUUACGUCGAUGCCACCAAGGACCCAUGGUCGAAGGGCUACAAGAUGUACUCUUACAUCACCAAGGAGCUUCCUGAAGCAUUGUUCUCAUCCUUCAAAGAACUCGACUCGAGCAAAGUCAGCAUCACAGGACACAGCAUGGGUGGCCAUGGCGCAUUGACAUUGUUCCUCAAGAACCCCGGCAUGUACAAGUCCGUCUCUGCAUUCGCCCCCAUCUCCAACCCUAUCAACUGCCCAUGGGGCCAGAAGGCAUUCAAGGGAUACUUUGGCGAAGACCAGCAACAAAAGUGGAAAGAGCACGACGCGUCAGAGCUGGUAAAGCAAUGGAAGGGUCCUCUGGAGGUGCUCAUCGACGUGGGCACCGGAGACAACUUCUACAAGCAAGGCCAACUACUUCCAGAGAAUUUCGUCAAGGCAGCUAAGGAAUCUGGCAACGACAAGGGCAUCCAACUACGUAUGCAGCCCGACUACGACCACAGCUACUACUUCAUGGCUACAUUUGCCGAUGACCACGUCGAGUGGGCGGCGAAGCAUCUGAACGCGUACUCUGAAAACGCGACAAAAUGGAGAGCCAGGUACGCAUGGCUGUUUCCUCUCUUCGAUCACGUACUCACGAUAUUCAAGGUCGAAAAUGCCAUACAAAUCGCGGCAAACCCGACGUCGAGCCAGGAACUACGCGGCCAAGCUAUCGAAUACCUGAACCAGCUCCGCGCAGAAGGCUCCGCAUGGCAAGCCGCCCUCACACUCUUCGCGCGCGACCCUCGCCCGACCGACUUCGUCCGCCAUACUUCACUCGAACUCGUAAACAAUGCCAUCCAAGAACAUCGUCUGGAUGAGCAGAGUCUUGCAUACAUCAAGGAUACCCUGAUGGGUUACAUCCACGCAUCCUACGUACCAGGCAGUGGAGCUGCAGACACAAGCCACAUUCAGAACAAGCUCAUGCAGACAGUCACUUAUCUUUUUGUAGCACUAUACCCUUCUUCAUGGCAGUCCUUCUUCGACGACUUCCGGUCCUUGGCUGGCGACCAGUCCACCAUCGGGAACGUCAACACAGCGACGACUUUGCUGUACUUGCGUAUGCUUGGUCAGGUUCACGAUGAGAUUGCCGAUCAGCUAGUCGCCCGACCAGAUGACGAGAAGAAGCGCAACACAGAAUUGAAGGACCUCAUUCGACAGCGAGACGCGCAGAAGAUCUCAUUAUCCUGGCAAGAAAUACUCGCAAAGUGGAGGGAGACAGACUUGAAUCUCGUGGAGAUGUGCCUGAGGACCAUCGGGCGCUGGGUCAGCUGGACGGACAUCAACUUGAUUGUCAACCAAGCCAUGAUCACAACCUUCUUGGAAAUGGCGGGUCAGCAAGGAAUCGGCGAUCCCGAGAGCGCUGCUGGAAAGGUGCGCGAUGCUGCAAUCGAUACUUUUUCGGAAAUUGUGGGCAAGAAGAUGAGUCCAGCGGACAAGAUCGAACUGAUCACUUUCCUGAACCUCUCCGAAGUCGUUGGUCAGCUCAUCAGUAGUCCAGCUUUGGCCGACUUCAACAGCUCGAAUUACGACAACGAUCUUGCCGAGACCGUCGCUAAGCUCGUAAACAAUAUCGUAUUCGAUAUUGUAAAGAUCUUGGAAAACGAAGCUGUCGAAGAGCACAUCCGGCAACGCGCAGACGAUCUCAUUCGCAUUUUCACUCCCUACCUUUUGCGAUUCUUCGCCGAUCAAUACGACGAAGUCUGUUCGACUGUCAUUCCAUCUCUCACGGAUCUUCUUACGUUCCUUCGCAAAUUGCAAAAGAAAUCUGGUUCCAUACCUCCACAGUACGCCGCAGUACUGCCACCCGUCCUGGAUGCGAUCAUCGCGAAGAUGAAAUACGACGAAACAGCUUCGUGGGGUGAGGAAGGUGAGCAAACAGACGAGGCAGAGUUUCUCGAUCUCCGGAGACGCCUCCACGUUUUGCAACAGACAGUGACCGCCAUUGACGAACCCUAUUACAUCGAGACCCUCAGCCGCUUGGUCAACGGAACGUUCGGACGCUUAUCUCAGGGAGAUCAGUCGCUUAACUGGCGCGAUCUCGAACUGGCCCUGUACGAAAUGUACUUGUUCGGAGAAUUGGCUGUGAGGAACCAAGGGUUGUACGCGAAACGCGAGCCAUCAUCUGCUGCAGCUCAGCAGCUUGUGACCAUGAUGAACAGCAUGGUUGAAUCUGGUCUAGCAAAUUACCCACACCCUGCCGUUCAGCUACAGUAUAUGGAGAUUUGCGUUCGUUACUACCAGUUCUUCGAACAGAAUCCUAACCUCAUUCCCAAGGUCCUCGAAAAUUUUGUCAACCUUACCCACAGCCAACAUGUCAAGGUCCGCUCGCGAUCUUGGUAUCUCUUCCAACGUUUAGUCAAGCAUUUACGGGCUCAGCUAGGCAACGUGUCCUAUGACAUCAUUCAGGCGGUUGGAGACUUGCUUACAAUCAAGGCUGAACUUCCUGAUACUUCAGAAGACGAGAUGUCGUCUGACGAGGAAGACCAGUCGGCAGAUGCACUUUUCAACUCGCAGUUAUACCUGUUUGAGGCCGUGGGCUGCAUCGCCUCGUCCAACACUGUUUCAGUAGAGAACAAGAAGCUCUACGCACAGACUAUCAUGAGUCCUCUGUUCAACGAUAUGCAGCAGACUCUUCCUCAGGCGAGGAACGGCGAUGAAAGGGCUAUACUCCAGAUCCACCACAUUAUCAUGGCCAUAGGGACGCUAGCUCGAGGUUACUCUGAUUGGGUGCCAUCAAACAACAACAGCGCCGUACCACAGAGCGAGGUGGCCGAAGAGUUUGUGAAAGCAUCUGAGGCUAUUCUUGUGGCUGUUGAAUCCCUCAACUCCUCUGGGUCUAUUCGCCACGCUGCGCGUUUUGCUUUCUCACGUAUGAUCGCUGUCCUUGGCUCGCGUCUACUACAACAGCUGCCAUCUUGGAUUGAAGGACUUUUGUCACUCAGUUCCUCUAUGGAUGAGAUCAGCACGUUCCUCAAGGUCCUAGGUCAGGUCAUCUUCACUUUCAAAUCAGAGAUCGCUGGUAUCUUGGAUACCGUUAUGAGCCCAGUAUUGCAACGCAUUUUCACAGCAUUGGCGGUCGUUCCUUCAGGCACAGAUGACGAGAUCCAGCUAGCUGAGCUUCGUCGAGAGUACCUAAACUUUAUUGUUGUGGUUCUCAACCAGGGUCUCGGUUCUGUGUUUGUUAGCAAUGCGAACCAAACGACUUUCGAGCCUAUCAUCUCAUCCAUCGAGACAUUCGCUCGCGAUACACACGACUACCCUACCGCACGCCUCGCUAUCUUUGUGCUUAUUCGUAUGGUCUCAGUGUGGGGUGGGCCUGACAAGGUUGGGCCCGGCGCGAACGCUACACCCACAUCUCCCGACACCGCUCAAGCACCAUUGCCAGGUUUCGACAACUACGUCGUAGAAAAGUUCUCCCCGUUAGCAUGGUCGAUACCCGCAUCGCCAGGGUUCAACUCUAAAGAUGCGCAGGCUAAGCAGGUACUGUUCGAGACUGCCAACCUGCAACAUGAGAUCAUCAAGAAGGUCGGCGAGUCUUAUGUAGAUCGCCUCAAGAGCGAUCUCGGUGGCAUGGGAGUGGGCGAUGAUGGUGCGGACCAGUACCUGCGCACUCUUGCCGGCUCAUUUGAAGGACCGAAAAAAGAGAAGGAAUGGCGUAACUUCUACGUCCAUUGGGACCUGAGGAACAGUGUGGAGAUGGGAUUCAUCACAUCGUACGCGUCACGGAGCGCCUCCGAGUCAACAUCGGCAAUUGCAAUCAUGAAUGCCAACAAAGUUUCGCGAUGGAGCCCUUUUCGUCGGCACAAAUUGAGUGGACAGACAGUGGAAGUGGAAGAGAGGGAUGAUGCGCCUGCGAAUGCAAGUACCACACCCGUGACCGGGGCGAAUACGAAAUCGAAAUCGAAGACUUGGGAGACGACGGUAGAGAGAGUUGAAAGCUGGCCUGAGGAGGCUCGGCCACUGAAGAAACACACAUGGCUUUCGUAUCUAUAUGGCAUCGGAGAUCUCAUACUGGUACUGCUACCAGUAUACUUCAUUUUACUUGGGGUUGCAGUCAUUGCGCUUAAUGGAAAGCCCACUAAGGGAUCUGACUUCGGUAAGAAAGUUGAGUUUGCCAUGGAUCUAGGUCCAACCAUGUUUCCCAUCGCCUUUGCGGCUAUAAGCGGACGAAGCAUGAAGAUGGUUGCACGUUUCCUAGCGGAAAGAGGGACCAAGAUCAGCACUCUGGAGCUACUUAUGGCUAGUCAGUCCGUUUGGGGAACUGUCGAAAGUCAACUCACCAUGCAGCGACUGACGCUUGUUGGCAUUAAUCUUCUUUUCCUGUGGGCUCUAUCACCACUCGGAGGUCAAGCCUCCCUUCGACUCAUGACAAGACAAGACCUAAACAGUUUCAAUAACACAAAGCUUCGCUACAUGACUACUGGCCCUGGCGGAAGUAUGUGGGGCUUGUCGUCCACUUACGUUGGCAGUGGGAAAUUCGCGGACGCAGGGGCACUCUAUACUGCAGCCUUGUUGGCACCUUUGGACACCAAAACCGGCCCAAGGGACCCGUGGGGCAAUGUCAAAAUUCCGAAUCUAGAGUUGCUCAAUAGCACAGGCCCGGAUGCGGAAGGCUGGGUUACAGUUGGGAACAUUCAGCAGCCAGAGAUAUACUCUGCACUUGUUGGACUAUCAGUGGUUGGACUUCCGCAUGCAGGCAAGUCAAACUUCACUAUCGAGUCGACCUAUCUCACAGUGGACUGUGGUCGCUUCAACCAAACACCAUACCCAGGUACCGAUAACGACACCAACCGAGCUCAAACGGACUUUGCUAAACUCGAUGAGCUUGUUCCUGGUAAAGUGUGGCCCAACAAGUCAAUGAACAACCCUUUCGAGCCAACCGAGGGCCAGCGUACGUCGUUCUUUAUCGAUACAAACCUUGGGUCGACCUGGGAUACAGAAGACCCUACGUAUGAGCCACUCCUAGGACGUCUGGACGCUUACAUCGGUAAUUAUAACCAGACCCGUCUCGACAUGAAACUAGCACAAGAAACGAGGGAGCUGAUCUACACUUCCAUCUAUGCAACCAGUUCGGAUUCGUCGGAGUUUGGCUUGAACAUUGCGCAUUGCAAGUUGGCUCAGAAACAUGUUGAGGCAAUGAUCGAAUGCAUCGGAGAGCAAUGUGCAGCGAAAAAAAUCAGAAAUUCACUUUCAGAUUUACGUCCCUCGAUGUUCACGCCUUUCGAACACGGUGUGAUCAUGGAUGGAUUUGCACGGCAGUUUCCACUUGCAGUGGCCUUCACCAUUGGAUCAAGUCCGAGUGAGCGAUACCUUGCGAAUAGUUCGGCUUUCCCAUUUGUACAGCAAGCUGGUCAUCAGGCACAGGACGUUGCGUACACUAACCUCUCACUGGUCGAACCGGAGGUCUUUUCUCGGCGCCUGAGCUCGGCGAUAAACACUUAUUUCCAACUCACCAUUCAGCCAACGGGUUAUUUUGGUAGCUUGUCGAAGAACCUAUCAUUAUACGGACCGGAUACACUACCUGUUACUGAUGUCAACAAGUACUUGCCGAGCAACUUUUCCGCUACGAACAACUCCUUCUACGACUGGUGGCCCACAUUUGAUGCAGUCGUACAGAGCAGCGAAUCUCCAUUCAUUGGGGCAACAACUACAGCAACGACAACGACUACGCAAGAGAUAUUUGUUGGUAACAUUGCAUGGCUUUCACUUCUCAUGGUCUCCUCGACGACAAUUUUCGCCAUAGGAGUUGCAGCAUUAAUGCUGAAGCGACGCACACUUGGGCCUGAGCUGUUUGGUUAUGUUACAAGCAUGACUUACGAAAACCCAUGGAUGAAGAUUCCCAAUGGGGGAACCGGGUUGGACGCUCCAGAACGCGCCCGACUCCUGCGAGAUGUUCAGGUGCAUGUCGCUGACGUCCGCGGUAACGAUGAUGUUGGCCAUAUCGCCUUUGCCGCCGGUGUUCCCCUGCGAAGACUAGAGAAAGGACGCCUCUAUUAUUGA